AUGUCUUCUCUUGAGGUCAAUGACAAAGACCACUCAGAUUAUACUGCAGCUGAGAAUGAUCAAGUUGAAGCCCAGCAUCGUGGGUGGCGGUUCUAUAUGAUCUUCGUUGCCCUUUCAAUUACAGCUCACCUCUCCUCCAUUGAAGCAACCAUCAUAUCAACUGCUUUGUAUUGUCAACAACCUCAAUGUGGCAAUAAACAUGUCUGGAUUUCAAAUGCAUACUUCUUGAACUGGUGAGUUCGUAUACAGUUUCAUUCAACUCAUCGUAUUACUCGUGCUAAAUCUGAUGCAGCAUGAUGGUGCAGCCUCUUUACGGCCAACUUGCAAAUAUCUGGGGUCGACGAUGGCCUAUGAUCUCUAGUGGGGUUCUUCUGAUCCUCGGAAGUGCUACUUGUGGAUGGGCUACGAGCUCUUCGAUGCUAAUCGCUGAUCGAUCUAUACAGGGUUAUGGAGGCGGAUGAAUCAAUUUGCUUGUUGAGCUUAUUGUGUGCGACCUGGUUCCUCUUCGCGAACGGAGUAAGUUUAUGGGGAUUAUCAUGGGUACGUUGAAUUACUAAUCACCAACACAGAGUAUUAUUGCAGCAGUUUGCUUCCCGCGAUUCAAGCUGCACUUUCAGACGACGACGCAGCAGCCUCAGCUGUGCUCUUUGCCAUUAUCAGAAGCUUCGGCACUGUCUGGGGUAUCACCAUCCCAGUGGCGAUUUUCAAUAACCAAUUCAAUAAACUUCUGUAUCGUAUUCAGAAUUCCACCGCCAGAGCCACAUUGUCGAAUGGUCAAGCAUAUAAGCAUGCGACCAGGGAUUUUAUCUCUGCAUUAUCAGAGCCUUUGAGAAGCCAAAUAAUUGUAGUUUAUUCUGAUGCGCUAAAGACUGUGUGGUAG